CUGGGGACCCUUCAGCCAGCCUAUGCUCUAUCCACUGAGACAAACCGGCCAGGGCCAGAACAUCUUUUCUUUAGGGGUAGGAAAGUGGAAGGAUUUUUAUUAUGUAGAUUGUCUUGCUACUUCUUUCUACUUACUGGUUAAUUAGUCAUAUUUAUUCGGUGCUUGAUCAGAAAAUUCCAGCCUCAUUAAGGUUAAUUAAGAUUACAUUUCUGGGAGAGGUUAAAACUGCAAUUAGAUCAGGUAUUAAAUCUAGGUUUGGCAUCAUGGGCUUUUAGCACUAAUAAUGCCAUUUUGGGCCUGCAGUUUUCUUUUUAACAUAUAUAUUUCUUAUAAAUCACAAUAUCACAGAUGUCCAAUGUGCUGUGGCUGGCUGUGAAGGAGGAACUGACCUUUUAAGAACUAGAGAAGAUGUGGACUGAUUUCUGGACUGGAGAUGAGAAUUGAAGGGAACCUGCGGUUGCUUGAAACUUCAUGGGCGUGAACUGAUGUCCUUGCCUUGCCCAUUUUUAAGCAAGAAGAGUCAAGUCUGCCUCCUGAUAAUGAGAAUAAAAUCCUACCUUUUCAGUAUGUGCUUUGUGCUGCCACCUCUCCAGCAGUGAAACUCCACGACGAAACCCUGACAUAUCUCAAUCAAGGACAGUCUUAUGAAAUCCGAAUGCUAGACAACAGGAAACUUGGAGAACUUCCAGAAAUUAAUGGCAAGUUGGUGAAGAGUAUAUUCCGUGUAGUGUUCCAUGACAGACGGUUACAAUACACCGAACACCAGCAGCUGGAGGGCUGGAGGUGGAACCGACCUGGAGAUAGAAUUCUUGACAUUGAUAUCCCAAUGUCUGUGGGUAUAAUUGAUCCUCGGGCUAAUCCAAACCAACUAAACACAGUGGAGUUCCUGUGGGACCCUGCAAAGAGGACAUCUGUGUUUAUUCAGGUGCACUGUAUCAGCACAGAGUUCACCAUGAGGAAACAUGGCGGAGAAAAGGGAGUGCCAUUCCGAGUACAAAUCGAUACCUUCAAGGAGAAUGAGAACGGGGAGUAUACUGAGCACUUGCACUCAGCCAGCUGCCAGAUCAAAGUCUUCAAGCCCAAAGGUGCAGACAGAAAACAAAAAACAGAUAGAGAGAAAAUGGAGAAACGAACACCUCAUGAAAAGGAGAAAUAUCAACCUUCCUAUGAGACCACUAUACUUACAGAGUGUUCUCCAUGGCCCGAAAUCACAUAUGUCAAUAAUUCCCCAUCCCCUGGCUUCAACAGUUCGCAUAGCAGUUUUUCCCUUGGGGAAGGAAAUGGUUCACCAAACCACCAGCCAGAGCCGCCCCCGCCAGUCACAGAUAACCUCUUGCCAACAACCACACCUCAGGAAGCUCAGCAGUGGUUGCAUCGAAACCGGUUUUCUACAUUCACAAGGCUUUUUACAAACUUCUCAGGGGCAGAUUUAUUGAAACUAACUAGAGAUGAUGUGAUCCAAAUCUGUGGCCCUGCAGAUGGAAUCAGACUGUUUAAUGCGUUAAAAGGCCGGAUGGUGCGCCCAAGGCUAACCAUUUAUGUUUGUCAGGAAUCCUUGCAGUUGAGGGAGCAGCAGCAACAGCAGCAGCAGCAGCAGCAGCAGCAGAAGCAUGAGGAUGGAGACUCAAAUGGUACUUUCUUCGUGUACCAUGCCAUCUACCUAGAAGAACUGACAGCUGUUGAAUUGACAGAAAAAAUUGCUCAGCUUUUCAGCAUUUCCCCUUGCCAGAUCAGCCAGAUCUACAAGCAGGGCCCAACAGGAAUCCAUGUGCUCAUUAGUGAUGAGAUGAUACAGAAUUUUCAGGAAGAAGCCUGUUUUAUUCUGGACACCAUGAAAGCAGAAACCAGUGAUAGCUAUCAUAUUAUACUGAAGUAGGUGUGGGGCAUUCCAUCCUCACUGGCUGCUGCUUCCUUCACCGCUUGGAAACUCCUCUCUCGAAGAGGUUGCAAAUGGAGAUUUGAAGGUCUGCAGGAAUCUGGCUGUGUGGGGGGAGUCCAGGUCAUGGAGGCAGCAGCUCAGCCAUCUGUGUGGGCCCCAGCUCUUGUGGCAUACACAGAUUACUGCCCAACAUGCAUUUCUGCCGCUGUUUCUUAGUUAAAAUUUCUGGACUCUGUUGUUAUUGAAUAUCAGUAGAAGCUCCAUUUCAUUUGGGGUGUAUGUAGGACAUAAUGAUGAUGAUAAUUGUGUGAUGUUUAAUGGAAAGAUGUUAAAUUUUGUGAUAUGGAGCUCUUGUGUAAUUUUUUUCUAAUAUAAAAAAAUGAACAUCUAUAUUCAUAAGACUAGAGCCUCAAUCUCUUUUGCAUCAAACAUAAACUGGCUUUUACCACAGUCGGCCCCUGAAAACCUCAUCAAAGAGAAUUUUUCUUUUGGUUCCCCUGUAAUAUUAUGACUAAUAUUAAUUUUAGCUAACAUUUAUGGGGCAUUUAUUUGUGCCAGGCAGUGUGAAAAUUCUUCUAAUGGAUUAUCUUGUUUAAAUCCUCUUAAUAAUCCUAUAUGAAGAGGUAAUAAUGAUCCCUAAUUGAAGAUGAGGAAAUGGAGACAUGUAGUGGCUAAGUAGCUUGCUGAGUAACGGGCAGCUAGCAGGCAGUGUGAUGCUGAGAUCCAAAACCAGGCAGUCUGGUUCUUAAAAAUUGCCACUCCUUAUGGCCACCCUUGCAGUAUCCUGUGCUUGUCAUCAUUUCUUACUGUGGCUCUUCUGGUGAAUAGGACAUAACACUGAGUGAGAACUGAGUAUUUAACCACUGAACGGGACAAACCACAGCUAAUGACCAAAUGAAAAUCUACAAAAAGUAAAAACAUAAGUGCUUUGUAAACACCAUCAGUUAUCAGAUCACAGAAUUUGAGGUGGUGAAAACGAGGGAUUUUCUAUAAUUCCCAAAAUUCACUGUUCUUGAAUGACCUUCUCAAACUAUUUAUUAACGAGAUAAACUAACCCCUCCUUUUUCUUUCCCCUCUGCAUUUCCUCUUGGUAUAAGAAGUUCUUUUACUCCUGUAAUGUUCCUUUAUUUAAGCUUUAUAAGAAAUUCCUUCUGAUUCCAUUCACAUUCUUCCCAUAUAUUUUUGCUCUUUCUUAAAGAAUGAUUGUGUGUUUACAUGUGUAAGACUAUAGGUCCUUUUUUUUUUCGCAUGUAAAGUUUUAUCCAGAAAUCCCUUUACACAUGUGUUGAGUUGAAAAAAGAUAAUGUUCAAAGAUUAUGUACUGGAUUUGGAUGUGUGCGUUUUUAAAGCAUUUGAUAAAGUUUAAAUGUUUUUAUACAGAUUUUUGUUCAUUAAAAUCAACCUGCAACAUA